AUGCGAUCCACUCUUAUCGCUCUUCUGACCACGAUGUUCGUGGCCAUGGCAGUCGCAGCGCCCAUGCCAAACGAUGACCUAGAUCUCGAUACCUCCGAAGUCGAAUUUCAGAAACGAGUCUCAACUCCUGCCGAGCCCAUCGGUAUCAGCUCUGGAGGCGUGGCCGUUGGCGGCGUUCUCUAA